AUGCCGCCCGGCAAGGUCCUGCAGCCGGUCCUGAAGAUGAAGGUGGACGAGCUCUUCCUGUGCUGGCUCAGCGAGUCCAGCACGCAGGCGAUGCUCCGGGACUGCUUGCGGAGGAUCCAGAUGCCCGCGAUGCCCGAGAGGGGCGCGGGAGACGCGGCGCAGCCGGGGCCCUGGCUCGCAGCCGCCGCCCCCGACCCUGCCUGGAGGCCGCACGAGUGCGAAGGUCCCGGGGCGCCCGGCCCUUCCCCCGCGUCCACCGCGCUUCCCGUGGGAGCCGCCUCCAGUGCCCGGAGUGGGCCGCCGAUUCGAGGGCCUAGACGACCCGGAGGGGCGAGAGUAGUCCAGACGAGGAAGGAGGAGCCCCUGCCGCCCGCCGCAAGCCGGAGCAUCCCCACCUUCUACUUCCCCCGCGGCCGCCCGCAGGACGCGGUGAACGUGGACACCGUCAUCGCCAAGAUCGAGAGGACCUUCGCGCAGUUCCCGCAUGAGAGGGCCGCCAUGGAGGACAUGGGCCGCGUGGCCAAGGCCUGUGGCUGCCCACUCUACUGGAAGGGACCGCUCUUCUGCAGCGCUGGCGGGGAGCGCACCGGCUCCGUGUCCGUCCACAAGUUCGUCGCCAUGUGGAGAAAGUGA